AUGCAACAAAUAAUAGUUAUUAAUCUCUCGCUGUUUUCUUGCAUUGCUCACGCAUUAUUAUUGUGGAUAACACUCGCUAUAUUUGGUUUAUAUGUUGCGGCGCUUGCAUCUCGUGUGGAUUUUUACAAGUUGUUUAACGAUCCGCAAGGACGUUUAAGCCUAACUCCUAGACUGAAAACAGAUGAUCGCAUUAGGGCGCAUGGCUAUCCCGCAGAGAUGCAUUAUGUGCCCACUGAGGAUGGCUAUAUUCUUGGCCUCUUUCGCAUACCUUAUUCACAUAAGCUGCAAAAUCAAAACGCAUUGCGCCCGAUUGUGCUAAUACAACACGGUCUAACGGGCUGCUCUGACAAUUGGAUUGCGAUGGGGCCGGAUAAUGCGAUAGCCUUUCAGCUCGCCGACGCAGGCUAUGAUGUGUGGCUGGGCAAUGCGCGCGGCACAACUUACUCGAGGAAUCACACCUCGCGUUCCACGCAACAUCCGUACUUUUGGCGCUUCAGCUGGCAUGAGGUGGGGCACUAUGAUAUAGCGGCGAUGAUUGAUUACGCGCUGGCCACCAAUGGACAGAAUCAGCGGGCUAUACAUUAUAUAGGCCAUUCUCAAGGCACGACGGUUUUCUUUGUGCUCAUGUCCACACGACCGGAAUAUAAUGCCAAGAUUAAGACUGCUCAUAUGCUGGCGCCAGUGGCUUUCAUGGACAACUUGAGUAGCCUGCUAGUGCGCACAGUGGGUCCUUAUCUAGGACACCACAACACCUACUCCAAGCUCUUUUGCUCACAAGAGUUUCUGCCGUUCAAUGAUCUUGUGCUUGCUUUGUUCUAUAACAGCUGCCGGCCGGAGUCGAGAUUCGCCAGCCUAUGUGAUGGCGUGCUCUAUGACAGCAGCACUGAGGGUCGCACCAACUCGACUGCCUCAGCCAUUCACGCUGGCACAAGUCCAGCUGGCUUGUCUACCGAUCAGUUUCUGCACUAUUUGCAGGAACAGCAAUCCGGACACUUUCGUAACUUUGACUUUGGACCCAAGAAGAACUUGCUGAUGUAUGGAAAUGAAGCGCCUCCAGAUUAUCCAACAAAGCUGAUUACGUGUGAAACACAUUUGUGGUAUGCGGAUAAUGAUGAACUGGCUGCCAUCGUAGAUGUUGAAAGAUUGGCUGAAACAUUACCAAACAAAGUUAUGCAUCAUAUGGAAGAUGAGCUAUGGGAUCAUAUUGAUUUUGCUUUUAACUGGCAUGUUAAAGAAUUUAUAAAUGAUCCGGUGGUAGAGAUUAUUGAAGAAUACGAG